AUGCACUUAUGGCUUGACUAUGAGAGCAUAACUCCCUUGAUAUUGCUCGAUUAUCUAUAUAAGAAAGCGCCAACCAUUGAUGGAAGCUCCCCUGUGGCUUCUGGGCUUCUACUCACAGAUGAAACUUAUGAAGAUAACAACUUUGCGUAA